AUGCAGAUUUACUUGCUUCUGCUGGCCCUCUGGGUGCCGCUCAUCAACUCGUUCACUUGGCCGAGCGGGCGUCGAGCCCCAAACUCUAGGCUGCCCAACAUCUACGCCGUCGCGCUCAGCGAGCUCCAGGAACUUGAGUCGGAGCCCCUCUGCCAUCGCGUGGCCGCUCGGCUCCUGGUCAACAACUGCCAGCUGGUGGACGGCAAGGACGAAGCAACCAUCCUCACCGACAGCGGCCGGCAGGUGCGCGACUUUGUCGACUCGUACGCCGCCAGCCUGGCCAUCUGCGAUCUGGAGCGCGGCCGGUUUGCGAUUCCCCGUGAGUGUGCGAAGUUCAGGGAGCCGUCGCUCAGCCAGAUCGCCAUCCGGAGCGAAGCGCAGCUUCAUGUGAGCCCCGCUGAGAUCGGCCUGUGUCUCUCGGCGUUGGCGGCGUCGGAUGCGGCGUGGAGCACCUGGGUCAGCUAUCGUCAUAAGGCACUGCGCUUUUGCGAGGCCGCGAGGGCCGACAAUGAGAAAGCCCAGAACAUUCUGCUGUACCAGCGCCUUACGCGAGUCCUCGCCCGUCUCACCGAUGGUGUUGAAGCCGAGCUCCAGAAGCGGAUGGAUGACCUCGACCAGCGCGCCCGUCAGUCCAUGGAGAAGCUCGAGCAGCUCACGCCCCAGAUCGGGCGGCUGAGCGAAGGCCUGGCCAGGGUGCAAAACUACCUCUCGGAAGACCUGGAUCUGGCGUUGAGGAAGUCCUCCGAAUCCGUCCGCGACGGACUCCAGCACGCCGAAAACCUGCAGCAGCUGCUGGGCGUCUUGGUCGCCAAUGUCCUCGAGAGCAACUCUCAGCUCGCCUUCGCACACGAGAAGUCAAUACAGCAGGCGACUCAGAGGGUCAACGAUGAUGUGGAAGCUUUGACGUCGGUCAUCUACACGGCCGUCAUCUCGUCUAGUUCUCUCCAGCAGCACAUUGAAUUCUCCAACCAACAGGCCGCCGCGCUCGCCCAACGCCAGGACAACCUCGAGCACGGCAUGAACCGGUUGGUCGCCGCAACGGAGACGCUGGCAUCAAAGCUCGAAGACCAUUCCACCAUGCUUAAGCAAGCCAACAACAUCACCAACGACAUUCUCGAUUCCCUGGAGGAGACGGCCGCCGCGGCGUCCUCGAUGAACAAGUCCUUUUUCUCGAGCGUGACGACGCGGAGCUGGUGGCCGUUCGUGGUCUUCCCCACCGCGUGCCUGGUCAUGGGUUCGUACGGGCUCCGGCCUUCGAUCCUUCGGAACCUGGGGCUCCUGGCCCUCGGCGAGGCCAUCGGCUUUGUCGUUUCGCGGUAUGACGAGCUCACGGCCAAGGUGUGGGCUUGGGGGGUUCUCGAAGCCACAGCCAAUUCGACGGCUCCGGCGCUUUGA